GCGGGCGCCUGGCAGCGUCCUGCUGCCACCGGGCUCGUGAUACACGGCGGAGACGCUCCGGAGUAUCGCAUCCCUUUCCUGGCUGUCCGGUGAGGGAGAUACCUGGGCGAGCGGCGAGAGUGGUGCAGGACAAGAAGCCUUUUGGGAAGGCUUUCAAGAGGAUCAACGAGUAGACUGCUCUGAAGUUGGUAUAAGCUGCUCUGAGAAAAAGAGAAAGACCUAGAGGACCUGUAAAAGAAAUUAACAGUUUUCAGAUACCUGGGAUCUGUGCUUUUCUGCUAGCUGCUGCAAAGCAAAUUAGCAGACAUGUCCAUAGCACUCAAGCAAGUCUUUAAUAAGGACAAAACUUUCCGCCCCAAACGCAAGUUUGAACCUGGAACCCAGAGGUUUGAACUUCACAAACGAGCACAGGCCUCUCUGAACUCAGGUGUGGACUUGAAAGCAGCUGUGCAAUUGCCAAAUGGAGAAGACCUGAAUGACUGGGUGGCAGUCCAUGUGGUUGACUUCUUCAAUAGGAUUAACCUCAUUUAUGGAACUAUCUGUGAAUUUUGUACAGAGAAGACUUGCCCAGUGAUGUCCGGAGGCCCUAAAUAUGAAUAUCGGUGGCAGGAUGACAUGAAGUACAAGAAACCCACAGCGUUGCCAGCACCCCAGUAUAUGAAUCUUCUCAUGGAUUGGAUUGAGCUUCAGAUCAACAAUGAGAGUGUAUUUCCUACAAAUGUGGGUGUUCCCUUCCCAAAGAACUUCCUUCAGGUGUGCAAGAAGAUACUCUGCCGGCUUUUUCGAGUGUUUGUCCAUGUCUACAUCCAUCACUUUGACCGUAUCAUGCUCAUGGGGGCAGAGGCCCACAUCAAUACCUGUUACAAGCAUUUCUAUUACUUUGUGACAGAGCUCAACCUUGUAGACCGCAGAGAACUGGAGCCUUUGAAAGAGAUGACGGCCAGAAUGUGUCACUGAACAGCUACCCACUGAAGAAAUGCGAAGUCCAAUUUCCUUCUUACUGCUGAG